AUGAGGACCAUGCAAUUGUCCCUAGUUUUAGUUUUAGUUUCCCUACUCUUGGUGACAUCCUUUGUCGAGGCUGGCAAACACAAGAAACGCAAAAGCAAUUCGGAAUCCUUCCCCACAAAAACCAAGACCAAAACAAAAUGGUCUUCCUCCACGGAUUUGGGUGCACAAACACAAAAUUCCAUGGUAGCCACUGAGGAACAUGGCUACUAUGUCAAACGUACCUUCCUGCCGCUGAGCAACAAAUCGAAUGCCACCAAAAUGAGUCCACCAUUUUUGGCCGUACCCAUUGCCUGGUUCCCCUGUGCCAAUGCCGAAUGCAUAAAACUCAACUCAAUUGCCAUUAAUUCCAACUCUAAUUCUCUCGCUGAAGGUUUCCUGUGUGAUGAUGAUUGCACGGGACCAUAUGAACCCAUUUGCGGUAAAACUGCCAGUGAGGUAGCUGUCUUCUAUAAUAAAUGUAAACUCAAUGUGGCUAAAUGUAGAAGUCACGGAUAUUGGUCGGACUUUGCCUAUGAGGAAUGUAAAACUCAAUAUCCCGAGGAAGUGAAAUAUGCUGAACAGAAAUUCCGUGCCAAUCCUUAUUUCAAAGAGAAGGAAAACAUUGAAGCCAAUCCCUUGGUUAAUGUGGAUGAACAAAAACCAGAAGAGGAAGUAACAACAAUAACAUCAUUGCCCAAGGAAAGUGUUACAGAACCACAACUUCUUAUAAAGGAAAUCCAUCAAACUGAAGCUGAAGAAAAACAAAAGGAGUCCAAGGAUCGUUAUGAGGAAAUUAAAAAACCCAAACCCGAAGCUAUUGUUAAGAAAUUGUAA